AACAAAAACGCGAGGAAAAAAGAACGAUUUAACUAAAACAAAGAUAAACUAUGCGCCAUCACAAAAAAAACUAAUAAUAAUAACAACAUCAAGCAGCCGUGUGCCGACAAGCAACGAAACGAAUGCAAAAUUAACAAAAAAAAAAAACACAAACAACAACAACAAAAAUAAAGUGCCAACAACGCGGCCUAUGCGCUUCUUUGUGAUUUUCACUUAAGGAAUUCCCAGCAACAGCAGCAGCAGCAGUAGCAGCGCCAGCAACUAAAGGCCAGCGAGCAGUAGGAAAUAGCAUAGCUCAUAGCACACGGCCAGCAUUCGCGCAGCGCGAGCAAACUUGCGGUCAACACAUAACAACACAAAUAAUUCAAAAUUGUUGUCGUUAUUGUUGUUGUAGCGGCUUUUUAAAACCUCAAAUUUGCGCUUCUCCGGUUGCCAACGUCCGUGGAGACCUUACAACCUGCCCAAAUAUAUAUUUAUGUGUCACGCGCACACAAGCAACAACAACAACUGUUAAAAAAGCGUAAAAGCAUUGUGGUACCAAUCAAAUUGAAGCGUGUGAAUAAAUUACCCAACAGUCGCCCCAACGCCGGUAAUCGGAAAUUUUCACAGUCGCUGGGCGAGCGCUAAACGAACGAGCGUGCAAGACAUUUUAAUUGCUGGUCCGACGAAGUGCGCUUGCGGCCAGUUGUUGCCAUCAACGCCUGCGACGUCGGCGAAAUUCACUGUUGUUUUUGUAUUUUUUGUUAGCUGCUUCGCUUUGUGUAGCUGCACUGUGCGGAGCUUUGGCGCAUGCGCGUGUAGGCGUUUUUCUAUUAACCACUGAACAAAUUGCCAAGCAAAGCCAAUCGAAUUCACUUCGGUUUUUGAUUGCAGUUUUUACGCUGCAAACAGUAUAACACCGUAACAACAGCAACUACAAAGAGCAAUAUAAACGUUAACAGACAAUAAAAGCUAUCAUAUAUCGACGAUAACCAACACCAACACCAAUAACAAAACAACAACUACGAGACACAACACAGUCACGUACGAAGCUAAAGGAAAUCCCAAACAGUAGCAACACAACAAAAACGCCAACAAAAUGAGAAAGAUGCGGAUCAAAAAGAUUUUAUUGACUGUUAUGGUUUUCCUUUCACUGCAGAUCACUCUUGCAGAUGAUGUGGACGUAGUCAAAGCCAUCAGUGGUACAGAGGAAAUUUCCGAGCAUGACAACGAGGUCGAUCAGGUGGCGCUAGAAUCGGAAUCGGAGCCACAACAACCACCAAAGGUGCUCUAUCAGCAUAACAUUCAACAACAACAACCUGGGCCAGGACCAGCACGUAGCAAUCAUCAAAGCAUUCCACUCAGUCUGGGRCAACCUUUCGGUCCACCACCACCACCCGCACAGUUGGCUUAUCAAGGCCCACCGCCGCCAUUACCACCACAACGGCCGCCACCACAGCAAGUGCACGCGCAACAAGUACUGCCCGAUUUGAGCGUUGGCGCGUCAAGCAAUAACGAGAUCUGGUCGUCGCCGGUGCAGGACAUGCCGAAAAUAAUCUCACUGGAUGUCAAGUGCGAGAAGAAUGGCAUGAAAGUAUUUGUGAAAUUCGAUAAACCAUUCUAUGGUAUUGUCUUCUCGAAAGGACACUAUAGUAAUAUGAAUUGCGUGCAUUUGCCAUCGGGACUGGGACGCACUUCGGCCACUUUUGACAUCGGGCUGCAUGAGUGCGGUACAUCGGGAAAUACUGAGAAUGGUUUGUAUGGUUAUGGACAUGAAUCUGGUUCGGGCACCUACUUUGAGAAUAUUAUUGUCAUACAAUACGAUCCGCAAGUCCAGGAGGUGUGGGAUCAAGCGCGUAAGCUACGUUGCACAUGGCAUGAUCAGUAUGAGAAAAGCGUGACAUUCCGGCCAUUCCCCGUAGAUAUGUUAGAUGUGGUACGCGCAGAUUUCGCUGGCGAUAAUGUAGGUUGUUGGAUGCAGAUACAAGUGGGUAAAGGACCAUGGGCCUCAGAGGUUUCGGGCUUGGUGAAGAUUGGACAAACUAUGACUAUGGUGUUGGCUAUCAAGGAUGAUGAUUCCAAAUUCGAUAUGCUUGUGCGCAAUUGUGUGGCGCAUGAUGGUAAACGUGCACCCAUACAAUUGGUCGAUCAACGUGGUUGUGUCACCAGGCCGAAAUUAAUGUCGCGCUUUACGAAAAUUAAGAAUUUCGGCGCAUCAGCGUCUGUGCUCUCCUAUGCACACUUCCAAGCAUUCAAAUUCCCGGACUCUAUGGAGGUACACUUCCAGUGCACAAUACAAAUCUGUCGUUACCAAUGCCCCGACCAGUGUUCUGACCCCAAUCUGCAAGAGGUGCAUCAUCUACAAGUCGGACCAGAGUCACAAUAUGGUCCACCGCCACCACAAUUGCACGUCGACACUUAUCAUGUGAGCAGCGGCAUCGGAAAGCGACGUGACGAGCGACGUGUGCAACGUCGUACACGUGCCGUUGAUUCCGAACCGGAAGUAGGUCUCAAUCGUAUCAUUAAAGUCGUGUCUUCGGGUGAUCUCACCUUUGCCAUUGACGAUCAGACGAAUGGCACAACCGUGGCUACACCACAAACCAUGGUCUUCCCAGCACGCGAAGAUGGUCUAAUUUGUAUGACAACGCCUGGUUUCGCGAUCACUUUGAUUAUACUGCUUGGUAUACUCGUAACCUCUUGUCUCAUAUCAGCCGUACUUUAUAUACGUUUGCGGCCGUUCUCAUCCUUUGCUCAUUCAGAGAAAGAGCGUGCAGUGGCUUAUACGAAUCCGCAAUUAACUGGCGCUAUGCCGGUCAUACAAAUACCAGGACCUCCAAGUAUCAGUCAGGGUACUCUGACUAAGGCACGAACGCAUACAUGAACUACGAAAAGUGAAAAAACAAAGCGAAUACACCGAAAUACGAAUUGGACUCGGCAAAACGAGGCGUCUUUAUCACACACAUACAAAUAUUAGUGCGCGCGAACAGCAUAGCUAUAUUUAGAUCUGAUCCGAUGCGAACUGAUUGUGCGCUGCAUCGAUUGGACUACAAACAACACAUUCACGAUAGUCUUCUUUCGUUUGCAAAUGCCUCUGGGGCAGAUUGUUAGUUGAGGUAUGCAAUUGUGGUCUUCGGACUACAACAUAUAAGACCUAGGGUAAAGUAAUUUUAGUCUUAUUUAAUAUUUAUUUUCUAUCGUUUUUAUAAAGUUUAAUUAUUCGACGGUUCAAAAGUUACGAAUCAGAAUAUUUGUUGUUAAAAUUGAUAAUUUUCGACGAGCCUUUCGAGUCUGUUUGGGGCCUCUGUAUUGGUGGCAGUCUAGUGCGUACAAUUUUAGUUUUUUUUAUAAGAAAUAUAGAAGUAAAGCUAAGUUUUUAGGUAUUCUUAAGUAAUUUAUUGAGUUGAAGAACAUAAAGAUGUGUACAAUAAAACAAAAAUCGGUGCUAAGCCAUAUUCAAAGUUCAAAUGCAUCCAAGCGACCUUUGUACAAAGGCUAUAUUGAUUCGUAGUACGCCAAGCUUAUGCUCUAUAGUAAUUCUAUCUAUAGAUUGAUAGCAGAAUAAAUGGUAAAUAUAUUCUAAAUUACGGUCUAUUGUCAGAAUAGUAAUUCAGCGCAACUAACGUUAAUUCGAAUUAAGUUAACAAAACAUUAUCCCAUAUAUAGACAAAUUCAGCGUAUUAAAAUUUAUUCAGCGCAUGUAAAAAAUGCUGGGAUGUGAAUUCAGCUACAAGAUUUUUCGAUUUAGUUCUAUUAAAUCUGAUUCAGCUCCCUUUAAAUUAAUGUGUGGCUAACGUUAACUUUAACGAAUUCAGCAAGUCAUGACCACAUGUGUAGACAAAUUCAGCGUCUUAAAAUUUAUUCAGCGCAUGUAAAAAACAUGGUUUUUCUAUUCAGUUCUUUUAAAUCUAAUUCAGCAUACUUUUAGAUUAUACACAAGUUGUGUGUUAGUUAUCAUUAUGUGCUAUGUGUUUAAAAUUACGAUGAAUUGUCAGAAUAGUAACUAAGCGUGGCUACAGUUAACUUUAACAAAUUAAGCAAUACAUUAUCACAUGUAUAGACAAAUUCAGCGCCUUAAGACGUAUGCAACGCAUGUUAAAUAUGUAAAAGUGUGAAUUUAGCAACACUAUCUUUCUAUUUAGCAUUGCUAAACCGAAUUCAGCGCUUUCUUAAUAACUUGAACAUCAUACAAACAUUGUGAAAGUUAAUUUACUCAGAGUCUGAGUUCUGUCAUUUAACGUAUAUGCAGUUUCAUAAAAUCAUUUUCUUAUUAAUUUACAUCACUAAAAGUACAUUCAGCCAAAAAGUUUUACAUAAGGUUUUGCUGUAGCAAAUUCAGCACAUAUUUCAACUACUCAGACUACAAUUGUUAAUUGAAAUAGUUUUCAUUUGGGUCACUUUUCAAGGUAUGUUUUAGAAAUGGGUUAGUUUUUCUUAAUUCAGCUAUUCAGCGUAGCAAUGAAUUCAGAAAAUAUUAUAUAUAUUUAUAUUUUGUAAUGUACUGCUAGAAAUAUGAGCAUAAUAUAUGCAGAAAAUUUAUUCAGCUUAAUGUUUUUAGUUCACUUUGCUUUAUUCAGCACUUUUUGUUAACAGUAAAAUYAAAUAAUAUAAUAUAAUUUCUGCUUUGUACUUGGUACUCGUACAACAUCAUUUACCUCUUUUAUAUACCAUAAUGCUUUACUUUGUCUACUAUAUUGUUUUUUUUAUAGAUUUUUAAAGAAUAACAAAAUCAAAUAAAAUACCGUUAAAUAAAAGGAAACAAAUAAGAAAUAGUAACCACACAACAAAAAACACAAGAAAACAAAACAUUUACAAAGUUAUUAAAUAGCGUAAUUAAACUUAAAUGCAAGCUUGAAUUAGUCACUAAAUAUUUUAAGUGCGUUCAUUAGUUGUAAGCACUAAAAUAUAUUAUAAAUUACAAAUAAUGAAUUAAUAACGAAUAUGAAACAUAGACUAAAUUGUAAA